UGUGGCUAGUGUAUCACCAAAUUUUCACGAACAUCAUCAGCAUUUCAACGAGAAAUAAGCCAAAAAAGCUUUACUUAAUGCACAGAAGAUAUUAUAAUAUGGUUUACCCAUUUCCAUCCUUUAUCCAAACAAAAAAUCCAUAACUGUCGGUCAUAAUCGCACUUAAGACAAGCUUUCAACUUUUCUAACCAUUUGAUCUCAGCAUAGAAAAAAAAACAAAAAACCAUCAACUUUCUAGCUCACUCCACAACAGAGCGCUUAACAUCAACAACAACGUCAGUUUCGUUUCACAUCAAGUCAUAUCAAGUCUCCUGAGGCUAUCCCUGUCAAUUCACUUCUAGUUUGCUAUUACUACUUUCUUUCAACUCUUUGCUAUUAAUUCGUGUGUUGUUUAUUGGUGUCUGAAAAGGCUGAGCAAGUUAUGUCCUCAUCAAUAAUAUCAAUUAAUGCUAAAUACAUAUCGUGGGCACAUACUAUAUGUGCUUCGAGUGCAUUCAUUGCCGCUUUGAUUGUUGGUGUGUGUUUGCAUUAUCACAAGAUUGUGGAAAAUGCUCAUUAUGGUUAUCCAGAUGAAUGGUUCCCAAGUGUGAGUGCAACAAUUGGUGAUCGAUAUCCAGAACGUUCAAUUUUCCAAAUUUUGAUUGCCUUAACUUCAGGUCCAAGAUUCUUGCUGCUCUUAUUGUCUUAUAUCAGAUUAUAUGAUGAAAAUCAUAAAAGAUUUGGUAUAUUUGGUGUUGUUUGUGGUGUGGUUAGAACUGUUACUUGUGGUGGUUGGGUUUAUAUCACUUCAACUGAUGACCAUGAUGCUCACGAUGUCUUUAUGAUUAGUUAUAUCGUCUUGACAAUUCCUUGGGAAUAUUAUGUUAUUACAUCAACUCCAAAAAGAACAAGUUUAAGAAAUUAUAGAUUUUAUACUAGUGUUGCAUUUUUCACAAUGUUGAUUCCUUUAAUUUAUUUUUUCAUUCAACAUAAAGUGCAUAGAAUUGCAGGUGCUUAUUCAAUUUAUGCUUAUUUUGAAUGGUCUUUAAUCAUUUUAGAUGUUGCGUUUGACGCUUGGACUGCUGUGGAUUUCCAAGAUUUAACAAUCACUUUAAGUGCUUCAAAACCAAUAAGUUUUAGUAUUGAUCAAAAUGAAGGUACAAUCGUUGAUGAAAUUAAAGAAAAUACUGAUUUAAAACCAAAAUCAAGAGAUGAUAUCCCUUUUUUAGAAUUGAUCAUUAAUACUAUAAAUUCAUUUAUCUUUUGGUCUGUUGCAACUUCAUUAUUGACUACAAUUUGGUUUUUCCCAUUAUGGAAUAUGGGUAUUUCAGGUUUUGAGUUGACAAUUUUAUCAUUCUUAUUUUCAUUCUUAUUGAUAAUUCCACCAGUCAAGAGAUGUUUUGCAUCAUAUCCUCAAAUCUCAAGGUUGUUAACCACUUUAUUUGGUGUUGGAUCAUUUAAAGUUGAAGAUCCAGAUACAAGAUUGUUAUUAAUUGCAGUUGGGAGUGCAUUUGGAGCUGUUUCAUUAGCUAAUGAAACUCAUCAUUAUGGUUCAAAUAAUACUAGAGCUAGGUACUACUCAACAACGUUUACAUUGGGUUUAAUUUUGUCAUCGAUUGCUAAAUUUUCAAAUUAUACAAAUAAUCCAAUAUGGCCAAUUAUGCAUGCCGAAAAUGGUGGCUGGAAUAACACUGGUGUUUUAAUUGGUGUUAUUGGUUCAAUACUAACUCCAAGAGUUAAUCAUGUUACUUCAAUCAAUUCUCAAAAAAACAAAUUUGGAUUAAUAACUACUGGAUUAGGACUUGGUGGGUUGAUUUUUUCAUUGCAUGCAAUGUUGACUGAUUCAUCAACUAUAAUCAUUUGGAAUUGGGAAGGUUAUCCAAUUAAUGGACCAGUUCCAGUUCCUCAUGGUGCUAUCACUUUGAUUAUGAUGGGUGUUGGAUCGUAUUUAGGAUUAACUCAAGAUUUAAACACUAAACUUGUUUCCAUUGGUGGUGUUGUAUCAGCUAUUGUAUUAUAUAUUGCUACUGAAUGGAUUGGUUAUAUUGGUGGUGUUGGUUAUAUUUUAUUUUUAACAAGUGUUGUUCCAUUUUUUUUCAACAAUGCAUCAAAAUAUCAACCUGGUGUUGUUUUCACAUUAGCUUUCUUUGUUCAUAUUGUGUUGAUGCUUGCACAUGUUUGGAUUGUUGCAUAUGCAUUUGUUCCAGCUGGUUGGUUAUUGAGAGAACGUACUGAUAUUGUUCUUGGAGUUUCCACUGGGUUAAUUGUUUUAGGUUUGAUUUCAAAUUUUAAAGAUGAUGUUGUUGUAAAUUUCAAACCAGCAUUAUAUAAAAUCAAGAGAAUUUUAAUAAUUUUUUCAAUUACAUCAGUCUUGAUUGCAUAUUUGAGAUUUCCAAAAACUGAUCCAACACCAUAUCAUCCAAACUCAAAAUUAAUCACUGCAGGUAUUUGGACAAUUCAUUUUGGAUUAGAUAAUGAUAUGUGGGCAAGUGAAGGACGUAUGAUUGAUUUAAUUCGUGAUGCUGAAUUAGAUAUUGUUGGAUUAUUAGAAUCAGAUACUCAAAGAAUUAUAAUGGGUAAUAGAGAUUUAACACAACAAAUGAGUGAAGAAUUAGGAAUGUAUGCAGAUUUUGGACCUGGUCCAAAUAAACAUACUUGGGGAUGUGCAUUAUUAUCCAAAUUCCCAAUUUUGAAUUCAACACAUCAUUUAUUACCUUCACCAGUUGGUGAAUUAGCACCAGCUAUUCAUGCUACAUUGGAUGUUUAUGGAGAAUUGGUUGAUGUUGUUGUUUUCCAUAGUGGACAAGAAGAAGAUGCUGAAGAUCGUUAUUUACAAAGUAUGGGAGUUCGUGAUAUUAUGGGAUCAACAGAUAGACCAAUGAUUUUGUUAAGUUAUUUGGUUACUACACCUUUGGAAGGUAAUUAUAAUAAUUAUGUUAGUAAAGAAUCAGGUAUGCAUGAUAUUGAUCCAAGUGAUUGGGAUAGAUGGUGUGAAUAUAUCUUGUAUAAAAACUUGAAAAGAACAGGGUAUGCAAGAAUAUCAAGAGGUUCAAUUACAGAUACUGAAUUACAAGUUGGUAAAUUUCAAUUACCAAAUAAUAAAGAUGAAGCUAAAGAAUAUUCACAAGAAAGAAUUGAAGAAGGUAAAGUUGAUGAAGAUUUAAGAUUUCCAAAUAAAUUUUAUGGAGAUGGUGUUAGAGAUCAUAGAUUUCAUGUUUUCGAUGAACCAAGAUAUUUUGUAUAA